AUGUAUGUGAAAAAAUGGGUUUCACAACUUACUAUGAUUCUCCUACUAGCAGCAGGGACUGUAUACAAGCAAGCUCAUGGGACAAGUCCGAUCAAGACGGUCGUAGUUGUGGUGAUGGAAAACAGAUCGUUCGAUCACAUGCUUGGUUGGAUGAAGAAGCUAAACCCGGAGAUCAACGGCGUUGAUGGGUCGGAGUCUAACCCGGUGUCUGCGUCCGACCCUUCCUCUAAGAAAAUCAAAUUCGGGUCGGGUUCGCAUUUUGUGGAUCCGGAUCCAGGUCAUUCGUUCCAGGCAAUAAGGGAGCAGAUAUUCGGGUCGAACGACACAACCAUGGAUCCUCCGCCGAUGAACGGGUUCGUUCAAGUAGCAUAUUCGAUGGACCCCACUGGUAACAUGUCCGCAAGUGUUAUGAACGGAUUCGAACCUGAUAAGGUUCCUGUCUACAAGUCUCUUGUCUCUGAGUUCGCUGUUUUCGAUAGAUGGUUUGCAUCGGUUCCAUCAUCGACACAACCAAACCGAAUGUUCGUGCACUCAGGGACGUCAGGAGGAGCCACAAGCAACAACCCUAUGUCACUUGCAAAGGGUUAUCCUCAAAGAACUAUCUUCGAGAAUCUUGAAGAAGACGGAAUCUCUUUCGGAAUAUACUACCAGAAUAUUCCGGCGGUAUUGUUUUAUCGAAACCUAAGGAAACUCAAAUACGUAUUCAAGUUCCAUAGCUAUGGACUCUCUUUCAAGGAUGAUGCAAAGAAAGGAAAGCUCCCUAGCUAUACUGUGAUUGAGCAACGUUACAUGGACACUAUCUUUGAGCCGGCUAAUGAUGAUCAUCCUUCCCAUGACGUCUACCAAGGACAGAAAUUUAUAAAGGAAGUGUACGAGACCCUAAGAGCGAGCCCACAAUGGAACGAAACUCUAUUGAUGAUCACUUACGACGAGCACGGUGGGUACUUCGACCAUGUGGCCACACCGGUUCGCAAUGUUCCAAGCCCCGACGGUAUAGUGGGACCGGAACCAUUCCUAUUUGAAUUUAACCGGUUAGGUGUUCGUGUGCCAACAAUAGCCGUGUCGCCAUGGAUCGAGAAAGGAACUGUCGUACAUGGACCAAAGGGGUCACCAUUCCCAUCAUCAGAAUACGAACAUUCUUCGAUCCCCGCGACUGUGAAGAAACUAUUCAAUCUAUCGACGCCUUUCCUCACAAAGAGAGAUGAAUGGGCUGGGACUUUUGAGAACAUCUUACAGAUCCGAAAAGAGCCUCGAACUGAUUGCCCUGAGACAUUACCAGAACCGGUUAAAAUAAGAAUGGGAGCGGCCAACGAGAGUGCGCGGUUGAGUGAGUUUCAGCAAGAGCUUGUGCAAUUAGCCGCGGUUUUAAAAGGAGAUGAUUCGCUUACGACAUUUCCUAAAGAAAUAGGAAAAAGAAUGACAGUGAUUGAAGGGAAGAGGUAUAUGGAAGACGCUGUGAAACGAUUCUUAGAGGCGGGUCGUUUAGCUCUCUCCAUGGGAGCUAAUAAAGAAGAGCUUGUCCAGAUGAAAACUUCCCUCACCGGAAGAAGACAUUAA